UAGAAUAAAACAUAUAAAAAUCUUCUAACAUAUCAUGUAACCAACCCUUUAAAUGACUUUUUCAGUGGUUCUUAGCCUUUUUUUUUUUUCUUUAGAACAUUGACCCCUAUGGCAGUCUGGUAAAGUCUAUGGACCUUUGUUAGAAUAAUGUUUUUUAAAACAUUUUUUCUUAUCAUUAUAUCACUAAGAAAAUCAAUUAUAUUGAAAUUCAGUUAUCAGAAUAUUUUUCAGUACAAAAUAGUUAUAUACUUGUUUUUAUUACGCAUUAAAAAGUUCUAGCAGUGAUUAUAAUUGCUACUGUAAUUUUGUUUUGAAGUGAUGAGUAUAAAUGAUGCUUUGAGAUAUUUGUAGUAACUAAUAUGAUAUGAAAAUAUGUUUCAACUGAUAUCAAAAUUACAAGCACUGGGCCUCCCUGGUGGCACAGUGGUUUAGAAUCCACCUGCCAAUGCAGGGGACACGGGUUCGAGCCCUGGUCUAGGAAGAUCCCACAUGCCGCGGAGCAACUAAGCCUGUGCGCCACAACUACUAAGCCUGUGCGCCACAACUACUAAGCCUGUGCUCUAGAGCCCGUUAGCCACAACUACUGAGCCCGCGUGCUGCAACUACUGAAGCCCGCACGCCAAGAGCCCAUGCUCCGCAGCAAGAGAAGCCACUGCAAUGAGAAGCCCACGCACUGCAACAAAGAGUAGCCCCUGCUCGCCGCAGCUAGAGAAAGCCUGUGCACAGCAAGGGAGACCCAACACAGCCAAAACAGGUAGACUCAAAAAGCCUUUUGUAAAGGUGGAAGAUAUAAGCCAGCUUUAUAGGCCAUUUUAUCUUCAGCUGACCAAUAUGCCUUUUAUAAACUAUUCUGUUCAGAAGCCCUCCAGUCCAUUUGAUGUAGAUAAGCCAUCUACCACCCAAAAGGAAACUCAGGUUAAACUAAGGAUCCAAACAGAUGGUGAUAAAUGUGGUGGAAUCCCAGUUCAACUCCAGUUAAAAGAGAAGAAAAAAAAGGGAUAUUGUGAAUGUUGCUUGCAGAAAUACGAAGAUCUCGAUACUCAUCUUCUAAGUGAGCAACACAGAAACUUUGCACAGAGUAAUCACUAUCAACUUGUUGAUGACAUUGUAUCUAAGUUAGUUUUUGACUUUGUGGAAUAUGAAAGGGACAUGCCUAAAAAUAAAAGAAUAAAAUACAGUGUUGGUUCCCUUUCUCCUAUUACUGCAAAUGUUUUGAAAAAGUUUGAACGUAAAGAAAAGAUGGAAUUACAACAUACUUCUCAGAAAAACUCCAGGGAAAAUGUACAGGUGAUGGAGCACGGUUUCCUGGAUAAAGAAACCCAGGAACCUGAACAAAAGUUUAUGUCUACUUCAGAACACAUCCCACACCCUUCAAGUGAAUUAAGAGGACAUGAUGAUAAAACAUCUAAUAAAUGUUCCAUGUUAAAUCCAGCUGAAAAUGACAUAAAAGAAAAUUUUAUAUCUCUAAAUUUUAUAUCUCUAUCUCCACAUAAAAAUAAACAGGAAUGCAUUCUUAAUGUUCCUAAACAUAAAUUAAUCAUAAAUGAAAAUGACUUAGAGGUAAGGGUGGAUCACUGUCCACAUAGGCAACAGGCAUCUGUACAAGUUUCUCAUUUCAGUACGGAUAAUAGUGCAUCUCAACCAAAACAAAAGUCAGAUACUGUACUUUUUCCAGCAAAGGAUAUGAAGGAAAAGGACCUUCGUUCAGUAUUUCAUCGUGAUUCUGAUCUGUUAGCAAUAAACAGUUCACAGAAGCACCUAACAAUUCAGGCAAAGGCUCCAUCCCAAAGCCCUACUGAGGAACCCAACCCAUGUGACAUCAAGAAUAUGGAUAGUUUACCUUCUGGUAAAAUCCAUCGGAAAGUGAAAAUACUAUUAAGAAGAAAUAAAAAAGAAAACCUGGAACCAAAUGUGGAGUUAGAUAAGAAAAGAACUGAAUUUCUUACUACACAGGAAGAAAACAGAAUUUGUAGCUCAUCAGUACAGUCUCUACUGGACUUAUUUCAAACCAGUGAAGAAAAGUCAGAAUUUUUGGGUUUCACAAGCUACACUGAAAACAGUGGUAUAUGUGAUGUUUUAGAUAUUUGGGAAGAGGAAAACUCAAAUCUCUUAUCAGUGUUUUUCUCUUCCCCUUCAACUUCUACAUUUUCUGGUUUUUAGAUUUAAAAAAAUAAAUACCUUUCAGAAGCAAUGAAGAUCAUAUUCUUGAAAUUUUUAAGAAUAUGUAUAAAAAUUCUUAGUUUUGGGGGUGAGGUUUUGCCAAUUUUGUUUACAGAAUGAAAUGUAAAUAUUAACAAUAAAGGUGAUUGCAUUUUUCUACAGAAUUGAA